AUGGAAGUCGAAGAAGCAAUAUGUGUGUACUUGUUGCUCCGUAAAAAAGAAAGAAAGAAGAAACGGCAGUAUUGGGUGCAUCCAAUAUUACGCGAUCGGUUUACUCAUGGUCAGUUUCAGACUUUAUAUCCAAAAUUAAGAAGUUUUGAACCAAAAUUCUUCAAUUAUUUGAGAAUGUCGAUAAAUUCAUUUGAUGAAUUAUUAGAAAUGAUAAGUAAACAAAUUGAAUCUAAUGAUACCCAUAUGAGGUCAAGCGUGUCCCCAGAAGAAAAACUCGUGAUCACAUUAAGAUAUCUGGGUACUGGUUGUUCCUUUGGAGAACUACAUUACAACUUUCGUCUUGGCAAAUCUACAAUCACAGGAAUUGUCCGUGAAGUAUGUGAAGCUCUGUGGGAAAAAGUCACAAAAAACGUCAUGCCUGAAUCCAGCGAAGAUAUAUGGAAGAAAAUAGCUAAAGAUUUUGAAAAAUAUGCAAAUUUUCCCAAUUGCAUAGGCGCCAUAGAUGGCAAGCAUAUAAGGAUUACAAAACCCAAAGAUUCGGGUUCUUUGUAUUAUAAUUACAAAACUUUUUUUUCCAUAGUACUGUUGGCACUUUGUGAUAGUAACUAUUGUUUUACUUUCAUAGAUAUCGGAUCUUACGGAAAAAGUAGUGAUUCUGCAAUUUUUAAAAAUUCAGCAUUUUAUAAAAGGUUAAUAGAAAAGUCAUUACACAUACCAAAACCUAAACCAAUAUCUGAAACAGAUCCUAAACCAUUGCCAUACGUCAUAGUUGGCGAUGAAGCGUUUGGUUUAUCCGAAAAUGUAAUGCGACCCUAUGCAGGUAAAGGGCUAUCAUACGAAAAAAAAAUAUUUAAUUACAGGUUAUCAAGAGCUCGACGUUUUAUUGAAUGCACUUUUGGAAUUCUGGCAAACAAGUGGCGCAUUUUUCAUAGGCCUAUAAACGUGAAUAUAGACUUUGCCGAAGACAUAAUAAAGGCCUGUUGCGUGCUACACAAUUUUGUUAGAACUAGAGAUGGUAUACAGUAUGAAGAUACUUUACAUACUGCGCCAAUGAGUAAUCUUAUUACAUUACAUGCAGGAAGGGGUACACCAUCAUCAUUAAACAUUAGAGACAAAUAUGCUAAUUACUUUGUGAAUGAGGGUCGUGUAGAAUGGCAAGACACGAAAAUAUGAAAUUAAAAUUGUUACAGUUCGCGCCAAAUAACUAAACUCAAGAUGGCGCGUCGCGUUGGUGGGUUGUACAUAUUACAGUUAAUAGCUAUACGUUACUGUGGCAACGUGAUAGUUUUCCCGCGCUCGUUACGUACCGCCAAACAACGUUAUACACAUUUCAGUUAUUUGGGGUGGACUGUCUAUUACAAAACAUGUAAACUACCCUGGUAAAAUGUAUAAUUAAAUGUCUACUGACCAAAAAGAACCUUCUUUUCCAAAGAAUCCUCAUUUUCUCCAAAAAUCUCCACCAGCUCCUGCCAA